AUUUUCUAAACCCUAAUCCACCUUCCCUCCCUAAUGUAAAUUUAAUUGUCUCUCACGCCUCCUGUCUCCCGACUCCCUCCAAACCCUACGCCAAUCCGAUUUGUUGAUUUGUUUCCAGAGAUGGGGCGUGUGCGUACCAAGACAGUAAAGAAGUCAUCCCGACAGGUGAUCGAGAGGUACUACUCCAAAAUGACCCUUGAUUUUCACACAAACAAGAAAAUCCUCGAGGAAGUAGCCAUCAUUCCAUCAAAGCGUCUCCGUAACAAGAUUGCUGGUUUCUCGACGCAUCUGAUGAAACGGAUCCAGAAGGGUCCAGUCCGCGGCAUCUCAUUGAAGUUGCAGGAGGAGGAGCGCGAGAGGCGCAUGGACUUUGUCCCAGAUGAGUCGGCCAUAAGAACCGAUCUCAUUGAGGUUGACAAUGAGACCAUUGAGAUGCUUACAACCCUCGGAAUGGCAGACCUUCCGGGAGUCGUGAAGCAGACCACUGAACAGGCUGCGGCCCCGGCUGCUCCGGCCUAUGGCCGCGGCGGAGGUGGCUUCGGAAGAAGGUACUGAGAUUGGUAAAAAUGUUUUUUUGGUUUUCAAGUGUCUUUAGUUCUAUCAAUAUGUGACUAUACUGAAACUUGUUAUGUUUUACAACAUUAUGGAUUUGUUGUUUUCUUGACUCAAUUAGUUGUAAUUUUGCAACAAAAUUGGUUCUUUUUACUAUUUAGGAUUGAUUGCCAUUAAAGAUGAUUGGUUUUGA